GGAUCAGCAUUACAACCACAGAUGAGCUAACAGCCUGAAUCUGAGUCCUUCCACAAGACAGGUGGACUUGCAGAGCAUACAGAGAGGAGACAACAAUCACUUCUGCUGGAAAACACAACCAAGAGCUUCACCAGGAUUCUAAGUUUGGACAGAAAAGUCCAUUCGCAGACAGAAAUAUCCCCAGUAAGGAGAAGCGAAACAAGAAGUAAAGAUGAACGGGUUCAUCGUCCUUGCCGUCCUUGCAGCAUUCAGCGUGAGCAUGGCUUUUUCCCGAAGGUGGUCACUAAAGAAUCGGGACAUUAAAGGAGAGAUGUGUCAGUCCGGGGAUGGGAGCAGUUACAGGGGAUAUGUUUCCAAGUCGGCAUACGGUAACAGAUGUCUCAGAUGGGGCUUGCUGACACACCCUUGGGGAAAUUCGGAGGGAAUUACUCACAAUCACAAUUACUGCAGGAAUCCUGAUCAGAGCUUGAUGCCUUGGUGCUACAUCCAAAGAAAAAGGAGAGCUGUGAGAGAAUUUUGCAACGUUCCCAAAUGUGAUACGCCAAAAAUAUCACCAGCUGAUACAGAGCUGACAUGCGGUGAGAGGUUCGAGCGGAGGAUGCAUAAAAUUGUGGGUGGCUCUUUCACAACCAUAGAGUCGCAGCCGUGGGUGGCUGCUCUCUUUCUUAAAAAACGCAGAUUCCUUUGUGGUGGCUCUCUCAUUGCACCUUGCUGGGUUCUUACAGCUGCACACUGCUUCCCUGAUGGCAACAGGAUCGAUAUCUCUCUUCUGUCUGUCUACCUGGGGAAGUCUGCCAUCAAUGAAACAGAUGCUGACAGAGAACAGAGCUUCACUGUGGAAAAACUGAUCAUCCACGAAAAUUAUAAUGAUUCCAACUUGAACAAUGACAUAGCACUGCUGAAGAUCAAAAGCCACAAUGGAGGAUGUGCCGUGAAGUCACCAUCUACACGGACAGUGUGUCUUCCUCCAGUUCACACUCAGCUUCCUGCAGGAUUCCAGUGCAGCAUUGCUGGAUUUGGGAAGGAGAGUUACGGGGCAUGGCGUUACUCACAGCGUUUGAAACAGACCCAGGUGAGACUGAUCUCCCAGGCUGAAUGCACUGAAUUGUACCCUGAACAUCGCAUCACCGAGAAUAUGAUCUGUGCUGGGAGCCCUAGCUGGAGCACUGAUGCCUGCGAGGGUGACUCUGGGGGUCCGUUGGUGUGUGAAAUGUCAGACCGGAUGUUUAUAUUCGGGGUGGUGAGCUGGGGUGAAGACUGUGCCAAGAAAAACAAACCAGGAGUUUACACACAAGUCACCAACUACAACGACUGGAUGGCAGAGAAGACAGGUCUUUCCAAGUACACAGAUGGAGUCAUGUAUCCCGGAAAAUGAAACUGUAGCAGAAAAUUACCUGCAUUGCAUUUUUCUUAAAAUAAAAACUGGCAGCACUUUUGUAGGACAUGUGCAUGCAAGCAUGUGCAGGUGUUGCAGAUUUGGCUUUGCUAUUAAUGUGCAUUGAAAAUUGUUUUGCAUAGUGAAAUUUUAGGGUAACAGUGGAUUUUUUAAACAUAUUUUAUGAUGAUAUAUUAUAUUUUAUGAUACAUGAACUUUUUAUACAAAGACUAUGGAGUUUUAAGAUACGUUAUUGGAAAAUGUAUUUAUCUAAUUUAAUUUUUUCAGUAUAUCCUCUUGUAGAAGGCUGGCCCUGCUGUUGA